UCGCGCUAUAUAAGGCGGUGCGGCGCGAGAUCCGUGAUUCCUUCCCGCGCGUUCCUCGUAGCCGCUGCUGCCAUGGCGACCGCGCUGUGCCCGCUGCGCGCCCUCGCCCUCGGCCGCGCCGCCCCGCGGGGCCGCCGCCUGCACCUCGGCACCGCCAGAAAUGAGGCAGUUGUGAUUUCUGGAAGGAAGCUUGCCCGGCAGAUCAGAGAGGAAGCCCGUCACGAGGUUGAGCAGUGGGUAGCAGCUGGAAACAAGAGACCUCACCUCAGUGUUGUUCUUGUCGGAGAAAAUCCAGCGAGUCACUCCUAUGUACUGAACAAAACCAAAGCCGCUGCUGACGUUGGAAUCAGCAGUGAAACCAUCCUCAGGCCAGCCUCUAUUACUGAAGAGGAACUACUGGAUUUGAUCAGCAAUCUUAAUAAUGAUGCCAAUGUGGAUGGUCUGUUGGUACAGCUGCCAUUACCUGAACAUAUCGAUGAGCGCAAGAUAUGCAACGCUGUGAGUCCAGACAAAGAUGUCGACGGCUUUCAUGUGAUAAAUGUGGGGCGCAUGUGCCUUGACCAGUAUUCCAUGCUACCUGCUACCCCAUGGGGAGUGUGGGAGAUCAUCAAGAGGACUGGCAUCCCAACUCUCGGGAAAAAUGUGGUGGUGGCUGGCAGGUCAAAGAACGUGGGCAUGCCCAUUGCCAUGUUGCUGCACACGGACGGCAGGCAUGAGCGCCCAGGAGGCGAUGCCACAGUCACAAUAUCCCACCGCUACACUCCCAAGGAGCAGCUGAAGCAACACACAAUCCGUGCCGAUAUCGUGGUGGCAGCAGCAGGCAUACCCAACCUGAUCACAGCCGAUAUGAUCAAAGAAGGAGCUGCGGUUAUUGAUGUGGGGAUAACGAGAGUGCAGGAUCCUGUCACUGCCAGAUCACGGUUGGUUGGGGAUGUGGAUUUUGAAGGGGUGAAGAAGAAAGCCAGCUACAUCACUCCGGUCCCCGGGGGAGUUGGGCCCAUGACAGUCGCCAUGCUGAUGAAGAACACCAUCAUCGCUGCCAAGAAGCUGUUGAAGCCCAAAGAGCUGGAAGCCUUAACCGCUUAAGAUGGGACUCAGCACUGCCAGUGACAUUCCACACUGACUCCCAAACAGGCCGAUAGAAAAUGCAAUCUUUUUAUUUAUUGUACUGGAAGUGGAGUUUCCUGUUCUGAGGUCGUAGAUAUUUAUUUGAAGCUGAAGCAUGUGCUCAGUAGCUGAACUAAGGUGUAAGUGUCUGCACUCCUGGCCUACUCGUGCUAGCGCAGCUGCUUUGCGUUUAAGCCGGCUCCUCUAGGAAGCUGCCCCUGCUCUUGCAGGGAUCGGGCAGUGGUUGGGAUCCUGAGUGUGGCUUCCUGGGGGUUCGGGGCUAUCCCAUGGGAAGCAGAGCGCUGCUCCGCAGUGCAAAAGCAAUGGCCUUCAUGGUUCUGUUCUCACAAAUGCUCAGUCUGCCCAGACUUCUUGCAUUUGACUCACGCUGAAGUCUCCUCUCCAAGCUGGAUGUUCAGGGUGAGUUAAACUCUUCUGGAGGAGUUUUUACUUGAAAAAAGCCCCAUGUCUGUUCUCAGCCUGUGCGGGGCCCUGGGCAGCAGCAGAUCUGUUGUAACACGUUCUUCUAGUGUGCAGCUAAGCUGGGUUUUGCUAUUGCAGUGGUGACUUUUUUAAAAGCCUGUUUUCUAACCAAAGAACCCUGAGGUGGGGCUGUUGGUGUCCUCCGCACUGGGCACGCGGGAGGGUUCCUGGGCUGUGGUGUCAAGCAGACAAGUACUUAGUGAAUAAUGCAGGCUAGCUCAAAAUAAAGUAUGAGAGUUAAAAAAAGAGCUUAUGUCCUGGAAUUAUUGAUGUGUGAGUCUUCCACUUCUCCCAGAAAAGGGGAGCGGCCCCCAGCAGUUGUUCAGGAAAGCCCUUGUGCUGCGAGGUCCCUCCUAUCCCUGCACAGCUGGGUUAGGCCUGGCUUUCCUUGAGUUUAGCUGAGAAACUGCUGCACGUGUUGGAAACUCGGCUGAGAAGUGAGCAGGUCUCUUGCUUUCAUGUCUGAGCAAAACCUGUUCAAGUCCCUGACUC